AUGUCCUUUUCGAAUGCUGCCGUAAUUAGAGACGAUGGACCUAAACUUCGAGAAGAGAAACAUUUCGCCGACUUCUAUCCCGAUCUCGACCAACAGGAGCUCUUACCCAUUGUUGCACCGCAUGAAAACAAAGCUUGUGAUGAGACCGAUGGUCAAGAUGGCGAAGGGGAUGGGUGCCGAGCCGAUGAGAGUGUGGGCGCUUGCGUUUCGAUCAGGAAAAAUGCAGACGCAAUUCAUGUGAAACAGAUGAUCUACAACGACAAGGUGACAUUAGAGCCGAUAACUAUCAAGAAAGAUCGCGUGAAAUACAAAAAAUGCAAGAUACGGGUUUCAAACCUCGCGAAAAAUAGUCGUGUUGGUAAGCAAUAUCAAAAGUUUGGCUUCCUAACCGGCACAAGCGCUAGCAAAUUUGACGACUUAACAUCUCCCUACAUCAAGAAAACCGAUUACUAUGCCAUGGCAAAGCAAAACCCACUCGGCCACAUCUCGAGAUACCAGCUGAAUUUCAAGGUUGAGUAUGACAUGGAUGAACAGGACGACUUGUACCUCCGAUAUCUAAAUCAGCUCCGCAUUCCAAAUCAGAAAUACCCACUCACCCACGAAAUGUUUGAGAUAAUUAUGAGUGUUCUUGAAAAUGAAUGGUUCUAUUUGGAGAAAAAAAUUCCACCUAGAAUGCCGACGACUUCUGAUAUUUCGACGAGAGAGACAAGAGCAGCCUGGGCCCAUUUUGAAGCUUAUGCAUCAGACGACGGGACUGGUCACGUUAUUGAUCAGCCGUGUGCUGUAUGUGGAGGAACUGAAUGCGACAAUUCCAACGCCAUUGUUUUUUGUGAUGGUUGUGACGUAGCUGUACAUCAAGAGUGCUACGGCGUUGUUUUCAUUCCAGAAGGCCAGUGGCUUUGUCGCCGGUGCAUGAUAUCGCGAAACAGGAAAAUCAAUUGCCUCUUUUGUCCUAGCCAUACUGGUGCAUUUAAGCAAACCGAUCGAGGAUCCUGGGGUCAUGUUAUAUGCGGAAUCUGGAUCUCAGAGCUUUUUUUCGUCAAUUCUCAUUACAUGGAGCCUAUUGAAGGCAUAGACUUAAUACCGAGAUCAAGGUGGAGACUCACCUGUUACAUUUGCAAACAGAAAGUUGGCGCAUGUAUUCAAUGUUGCAACAAGAAUUGUUUUACAGCGUACCAUGUAACUUGCGCCAAAAGGGCAGGUCUGUGCAUGGAUUUUGGUUCUUGCUCAAUUGUCGAGGCAUCUUCUAAUGCCCCUGGAAUAAAUUUGCAAAGCUUUUGUGACAAGCAUUCUCCCCCGGAAUGGCCAGAUUGUAAGAGUGGGAUACUUAAGACAAGAAAUUAUUUUGCAGCGGUUGCCAGCGACGCUGUCGCUAUAGAAUCAAACAGUGAAAAACGGCCUAACAUCUUGACCAAGGGUCGGUGGACGACAAACCGAGGGACGCCAAUAGCACCGCACCUUUUUGCACACAUAGUUCAGCAGGUACUGGAUUUGUUCAAGAUCGAAAAUAGUUCAAAAGUAUCCACCGAUCUGUGUAAGUAUUGGUCGAUGAAGCGUGAACUAAAGCGAGGAGCCCCGCUUGUUAGAAAAUUUGAUCCCUCGUCACUGGGAGCAUUUACAGUAGAAGAACUAAACCAACGAGUUCAAUUUGCCCAUGUUCUUUCAAAAGAUCUCGAUAGACUGCGAGCAUUGGCUGGUCUUCUCGUAGACAGACAAACCGCAGCACAACUAAGAAACCGGGCGACCGCAAAAGCAUGGGAGCUUUACAACUAUCCUGGGAGAUUCAUACUGCGAGAAGCCGUUAUUAAGAGAUUGAAUAACUUCUCGUCCUAUAGAGCAUUAAUGCAGGAGAAAAAGACACGGGAGGAUCUGUCUAAUCAAAUAAAAAUCUGUCUGGAAGCAGAAAGUGAUGACUAUAUUACUCUUUUCAAGGAAACUAUGACUGAGUUUUUUGCGCGACUGGAAUCAGACGCCGAAACAACACGCAGAAUCCAGGUCGAGGCUCGUAAAUUGCAAACGCACAUCCAUGCACUGCUGGAGACCUUUAAUGGCGCUCAAAUCAACAGUUGUUUGGAGGGAGACUUCACAAUUGAAGAGGGGCAGAUAAAGGCUGUUCCAUGGAAAGGACCUUCGCUGAUGAAACACAGCCAGCUGGAAGAGGUACAGAAGCUUUCACAGGCAGAGAUCCGCAUUUUACGAGGCUUGCUCGGAAACUUUUAG